ACUUUGCUCUCUGAAAUACUGAUACAGGGUCCAUAUCUGCCGCGGAGUGGUUAGGAAUUAAAGCAAUCGAGGUUUGAAUGCGUAGGGUAGACAUUAACAGAGGGAGAUGAUGAAUACGAGGUGAAUGAGGAUUCCUCUCUCUAGGACUGCAGGUGUUCCAGGUGCACCGGUCUCACAGGGUAAAUAACGGACCGAUUCUUUUGGAUUGUUUCUUUUUUUUUUUUAGAGGAAACAUUGUCACUGCUACUGCUUCAGAUCAUACUGGAUGAAGACAAACCAGUUUCAGAGGAAUUCCCUUUGAGAGUGAAGAGUUCUGUCUAUGGGCAAAGACUGAGAGAGAAUCCAACAGAGAAGACUGGCGUCGUACAGAAGGGGCUUAACAGCACAGAGGCCGACUUAGACGUUCUUUUAGACUAGCGUUGACAUCUCUCUCGGACAGGACCAGCGGAGACGCAGAGCAGAAGUAAGGUGUGGUUGACUAACUCGCUCCUGCUGAGAUGGAGAGUCCUCGGUUAAGAUACUCAGUCCGGCGUCAGGUUCUGAACGAACUCAGCGUUGACACGGUGGCUGAAAAGUCAGAAGAGGUCAAAACAUCUGUAUCAGCCAAAAUCAAGGAGUCCCUGAAGUGCUCCCGUCCUAAGGCGAAAAAUUGUUUCUUCUCCACCCUUCCUUUGUUCUACUGGCUUCCACGUUACCCCUUCAGAGAGAAUGCCUUGGGGGACCUGGUCUCUGGGAUCAGCGUGGGCAUCGUGCAGCUGCCUCAAGGGAUGGCCUACGCGCUCCUGGCUGCCGUUCCUCCUGUCUUUGGCCUCUACUCCUCUUUCUAUCCCGUACUCAUCUACUUCAUCUUCGGCACGUCCAGACACAUCUCAGUCGGCACGUAUGCAGUAAUGAGUGUUAUGAUUGGCAGCGUGUCUGAACGUUUGGCUCCAGAUUCUGACUUCAUGAUAUGGAACGCUACGACCAACGAAAGCACGGUGGACACCGUGACCCGCGAUAUGCAGAGGGUAAAGGUCGCGGCGGCUGUAACUUUCAUGUCAGGAAUUUUUCAGUUGCUCUUAGGCCUGGUGCAGUUCGGUUUUGUGGUGACGUAUCUCUCUGAACCGCUAGUUCGAGGAUACACCACAGGAGCUGCCAUUCACGUCAUUGUCUCUCAGCUGAAAUAUACAUUUGGAAUCAGCCCUGAUCGCUACAGUGGACCGCUGUCGCUGAUUUACACGGUGCUGGAUGUUUGUUACUUGCUACCAACGACUAACGUAGGCACUCUGGUCGUGAGUAUUGUCACCAUUGUUGGUCUGAUCAUUGCUAAGGAGCUCAACACCUGCUUCAUGCGCAAGUUUCCCAUCCCUAUACCAGUGGAGCUUUUUGCUGUCAUUAUAGCCACUUUGGUCUCAUGGAGGUUUGACCUGAAGACUAAGUACGAAAUAGAGGUCGUUGGACAGAUUCCCUCUGGUCUCCAGCCCCCAGUGCUCCCAGAAUUCUCUCUGUUUGCAUCCAUAAUUGGAGAUGCAUUUGCUCUGUCAGUGGUGGGCUACGGUAUUGCUAUCUCUCUUGGACGAACCUUCGCUCUCAAAUAUGGCUACAAAGUUGACAGCAACCAGGAGCUGAUUGCCCUGGGUCUGAGUAACUCCAUUGGGGCGCUGUUCCAGUGCUUUGCCAUCAGCUGCUCCAUGUCACGUACCAUGGUGCAGAUUAGCACAGGAGGGAAGACACAGGUUGCUGGGGCUCUGUCAGCAGUUGUGAUGCUCAUCAUUUUACUAAAGAUUGGAGAACUCUUUGAAGAAUUACCAAAGGCGGUGCUGGCGGCUAUAAUCCUCGUGAACCUGCACGGAAUGUUGAAGCAGUUCACAGAUAUUCCGCAGCUGUGGAGAACCAAUAAAGUGGACAUGUUGGUGUGGGUGGUUACUAUGAUCCUGACAGUUGUGCUAAAUCCUGAUUUGGGCCUGGCCGCAUCUAUCGCUUUCUCCAUGCUCACUGUCAUCUUCCGAACACAGCUGCCCAAAUACUCUCUCCUUGGCCAGGUUCCCGACACAGAUAUCUACAGACCAGUAGAGGACUACAACCAGGUGAAGGAGAUUCCUGGAUUGGUGAUUUUCCGAUCCUCUGCGACGCUAUAUUAUGCCAAUGCUGAAAUGUACGUGGAUGCUCUGGCAGAAAGGAGUGGCAUGGACAUCGCUAAACUCCUUUCACGCAAGAAGAAGCUGGAGGCCAAGAGACUCCGAAAAGAAAAGAAGGAAGCCAAGAAAGCUAAAAAAGAGGCGAAGAAAAGAGAAAAACAAGUGGAGGAGACAUCAGAGGAGUCAGAUCAUGAGGAAAAGUUUGAGAUAACAAUGGAGGAGAACGCACAUGAAACGGACUCCGACUUGCCUAAGGCUAUCAUUCUGGACCUGAGUCCUGUUAACUUCCUGGAUACAGUGGGAGUGAAGACGUUACGAAACAUCCAAAAGGAUUAUGGAGAGGCUGGGGUUCAGGUCCUUCUGUCAUGCUGUCAGAACUGUGUCGUUGAAAGCCUAGAGAAAGGAGAUUUCUUCAAUGAAAAAGUAACUAAGGCCAUUCUGUUCUCUACUGUACACGAUGCAGUUCUCUACUGCCAAAAAACAGAGGAUGAGGACAUGGAGGCAACACAUUUUUAAGUCUGGGAAGCAUCUGGAGAAAAAUACAGAGACAGCAAACAAUUACAGCGCUUACAAAAUGCAUGAACCGUGUUUUUAGGCAAAAACCACCAAAAAACAAACAAACAAACAAACAAAAAAAUUCAUUCUUAAACGAACCUACAGAAUUUGUGGGGCGAAGCCUUUGAAAUGUUCCUCCUGGUUUACAGAGAGACACGCUCAUGAACUAUUCUAUUUCCUCACUUGUAACAUCAUAACAUCCAUUCCAGGUAUUCCUUUAUGGUGAUGGCCUGCCCUUCCCUUUACCAAGUAAAUGAGUCAGUGUUAGGAUUUUGUUGAGAAAUGGGAUUCUUCAAUGUGCUAAUAAUAUUUAUAAAUCAAGCUUAUAAUAAAUAACUUCUCAUAGUUCUUAAAACAAGUAAAACAUUCUUUUUAGCUGAGGAGCAAACAGUGACGAAAAGUCUCUCUCUCUCUCUUUUUUAAAAAAAAAAACAAAAAAAAACAUUGACCAUGUGUAUGAAGUGCCAGUAGUCAUGCUUUCCACCAGCAGUUCCAAAUAUAUUUAUAACAUACGCCUAUUAUUUAUGAUCCUAUGAAAACGCCUUUAAUUUUGAAGUAUUCAAGUAUCUUUAAUCUUUGUGUGAGGUCAGUUUAACAUAUGGAUAAAAGAGGAAUGUUUCAAAUUUAAUUGAGAUGUUAAUAAUCAGACAUUUUUGUGAAUGUAUGUAAGCAGCUGUAGAGGUUAUUUAUUUAUUAUUGAAACUGAUAAUAAAGAAUCUUUAUUGAUGAAAGAAUUCA